AUGCCUCCCAACCUCGACAACACCCUCGCCGCAAUCCUCUCAUCCCGCCUCUCCCAAGGCCGUCUCCGCCGCCUCACCAUCCCCUCAUCUGAUUCUGUCGAUUUCUCUUCAAACAGCUAUCUCUCACUAUCCUCCAAUCCCGCCGUCAAAGCCGCCUAUGUGUCAUUCAUCCUGCCCCAUCUGCAGUCAUCCAGCCCCGAAGCCGGCUUCGGCCUCGGAUCCGGAGGCUCUCGCCUGCUAGACGGCAACUCAGCCUUCACAGAGGACCUUGAAAGAAAAAUCGCCGAGUUUCAUGGGGCGGAUGCAGGAUUGCUGUUCAACUCAGGGUUUGAGGCUAAUACAGGGCUGUUCGCUUGCGUGCCGCAAAAGGGAGAUGUCAUUGUGUAUGAUGAAUUGAUCCAUGCGAGCGUCCAUGAUGGAAUGAAGCUAAGCAGAGCGCAAAGAAUCGCCUUUGCGCACAACAAAGUAUACGAUGCAGCUACAUCAAGCAAAUACCCUAGCCUAGACUCUCUGUUGAAAAGUCUAGCAGAGGAUACCCAAGUAUCAAGCGGCAAGAAAAACAUCUUCAUCGCUGUUGAAGGUGUAUACAGCAUGGACGGAGACCUCGCACCGUUACAAGAAAUCGUCGAAUGUGUAGAGAAAAGACUACCGCAGGGAAACGGCUACGUGAUUGUCGACGAGGCGCAUUCCACGGGGAUAUUUGGUCGGCAGGGAAGAGGUCUCGUUUGCCAGCUUGGACUAGAGGACAGGAUAUGGGCUCGCGUACAUACUUUUGGCAAAGCCAUGGGCUGUUCUGGCGCCAUUGUCCUCUGCUCGUCCACGACAAGAUCUUAUCUCAUCAACUACGCCCGCAGCUUCAUCUACACCACAGCCAUGGCCUUCCCCUCCCUCGCCAGCAUACGCACAACCUACGACUUCCUCGCCCAAGGCCACGCGGACUCUCUCGUCCAAAACCUCCAAUCACUCAUCCACCACAUGCACACACUUCUCACGCAGCUCAUUGAACGACAUGGUCCAUCACCAGAACUGUUCCGCAUCAACCCCGAGGCACCGCAGUCACCUAUCCUGCCGCUGCUUACGAGCCGGGCAAGGAAUCUGGCGCAAUACUGUCAGGAGAGAGGCUUCACUGUGAGGCCGAUUGUAGCACCUACAGUUCCGGCAGGACAGGAUAGAGUGAGAGUGUGUUUGCAUGCUGGGAAUACGGUAGAAGAAGUGGAGGGACUGUGUAGGGCGGUGGAAGAAUGGGUUAUGAGCGCUAUAAAAAGUAAAUUAUGA